GAGAGCAUGGGGAUGCUUAUUCGAAGCCAGCAUCUUCCAGGUUCUUCAAGACCCAGUCAUGAACUGCGAAUUGUCAGACACCAUCUUGUGAAAGACAAUUCAUGUACCCUGGGCCAAGAAAGAAUGCUGGUCUUUUGUUCAUCAUUUGGUCAUGUCCGCUGUCGGGGCGAUAGCCUAGCGCGUUCCUCCAACCGUCGAUGUUGACGUCGUUGAUCUUGCGCCAAACGCCAGACCCUGAGAAAUAUUGGUUCGGGUUCUGGAAAUCCGCUCGUUAAUCCCUAAAUCACCAAUUAUUCGUGGUUGAAAUCAGUUCUCUUCAGCCUUUCGCUUGGUCAAUUAGAGUGCCAGAUCUGACUGAUGUCCACCUCAACCAGCGCGGAUGCUGCGGACAUAUCCUUGGCUGCCGCUUUCGCGGCACUGAGUGUUGGAUUUGUAGUGCACCCAUUCGAUACUCUCAUCACACGUAUUCAAUCCCCCGAAUAUGUACCAAAAUACAGGAGUCACAAGGGCAAACUCCAGCCGGCCCUCUUCCGAGGCCUUUAUCGUGGUUUGACGCCAACCGUCGUAACGACCAUCCCGGCCUCCGUCACUUUCUUCACCAUCUACGAAACGGCAAAGUCUGCUCUUCAACCGAAAGAGGGUCUCAAGCCGGGGAGUCUCUCACAAACAGCUGUUCAUGCCGCCAGCAGCGCGUUGGCUGAUAUGGUCGCCUGCGCCAUCAUCAACCCGUCCGAAGUCCUCAAACAGAACGCGCAAGUUGCGAGAUUCUCAGAGGGUGGCGUCCAACGCAACCCCAUGUUGGCCUCGCUCAAGCACUUCGCACGGCAUCCUCUGAAACUAUGGACAGGAUAUACGGUCUUGGUAGCUGGGAAUCUGCCACGUACCAGUCUCACAUUCUCCAUUUACGAGUAUCUGAAAGGCGCCUGGCUCCGGAGAUCGAAGAAGUCCGAGAGCAUAGCGGAACAAGUCAAAAUUAGCGGAAUCACCGCCGGUAUCGGCGGCUCAAUAGCCUCGCUUCUCUUUGUUCCUAUUGACGUCGUGAAAACCAGGAUGCGGUUGCCGGAAGUUGCUCCUCCCAGCCAUCUUUUACAGCCAGAAGCAUUGUUCACGUCUUCGCUAAGCCGCGAGAGAGCUAGAAAGCCCGCCGCGAGAGGCCCCGUUUCCAUUGCCAAGGGCAUCUUGAUAAGAGAUGGAAUUUCAGGGCUGUUCAGAGGGGCAACUGUCACUUGUAUAGCAGCUGCUGUGGGGAACGGAUUGUUCUUGGGUUGUUAUGAAGGACUCAAGUUGCACUAUGCCCGUGAAGCUUCAAAGAGUGAGCUCAUCCAAUAACGAUGGUCAAAUUGAUUUGGUAGGAAUGGGCGGUGUACGGUACGUGAUGCAUGGAUGUUUCUUUCUGGACGUCAGUCAUAUUUGUUCCGGAUAGUUACAAGCGACGUGUAAAGACAAUACUCCUUCUCCCAUCUGAUGUCUGAUGCUGAAAUUACGAAUCGCUG